AUGUUAAUUCGUAAUCGAUCUUUAUGUUCUCGUGUUUUUGUAUUUGAUAUAUCUAUAUCAAAAAUACAUUUUGAUAAGACUUUUGAUAAUGUCGAUGAUGAUUUAAAUGAAGAUAAUGAUUUAAGUAAUAUAAUUGAUUAUUGUAUUGGAAAUUCAACAAAUAGUAUUAACAAUGCUGAUGAUAGUUUCAAUGACAAUAAUGAUGAAUUUCCAUAG